AUGAGAUCAAGCAGUUGUGAAGCACAUAGCGGUGCCAGUACACCAGCCUUGCAAGAAAGAACUAAUCAAGAGCCUGCGGGUUCUUCAGGAACAAAGACGAAUGACGGGGCAUCGAGAAGUUCCCAACCGGAGAUAGAUAAUCCAUCUAAAAAAACUGAAACCAAGAAACUUGUUUCUGCAGGAAGUAGGGGGAAAGAAAUUGGGACAAAUGCAAUGGAAGAAAUGCCUUGUGUCUUCACGAAAGGAGAUGGUCCUGAUGGGAAAAGGAUAGAAGAGUUUGUCAAGCAUGCUGGUGGCAGCGAUGUUGAUCACCCGCUUCGGCAUAUUGUUGUUGUAAACCCUACCUCAGCUUCUGUUUUGUAA